AUGGCUCUAGCACACAAAUCCAUUGAUAUUCUUGCUUCAGACUUGGACCUUGAUGAUGAUGACAAUGACCCUGACACAGCCAUGGUACCUGAGGAGUUGGACAAGCCAGUGCGGCUGCCCAGUCCUCCUGCAACUGUUGCAAAGGUCCAGAAGUGGAAACAUCAAGAGAAUGGUAUGCCGACUCCUGUAUUGGUGUCUAUUGCUAUCCAAACCCAGAGACCAAUGCUCAUCUCCCCCUCAAUCAUGAGCAGCUUGAUUGUUGAGCUGCUGCAAUGCUCAAGGGUGAAGAGUCAGCAAUCUUGA